AUGAGACUCCACAGGGCCGCCCGCGUCAUUCUCGUCGGUGCCCCCGGUGUUGGCAAAGGAACGCAGUCUGAACGACUUCUUCAACGUUUCCCCCAGCUGCAGUCCAUCAGCACGGGAGACCUUCUCCGCAACAAUGUCAAGCUCCGAACCCCUCUCGGCAUCAAGGUCGAGAAGACCAUGAAGUCCGGCGGUUUGGUUGCAGACGACUUGAUUAUGCGCCUGAUCUCUAAUGAGAUGUACAAGAACGGCUGGCUGCUUAACCGUGGCCGCCCACAGGUCAUGACGCUUGCCUCAUCCGCCGCAACCGUCGACUCCUUCUACGAGGAGCACUUGGACGACUUCGUUACCGCCUCCGGUGCGCUCGAUAGCCACGCCCCGCCUGAAGCCUCCGAAGACCCUUCCGCUUCUUUCAUCCUCGACGGCUUCCCUCGCACGGCUGUCCAGGCCGCGACCUGCGACAAGCUCAUCCCCAUCAAUCUCGUCGUCUCCCUCAAGACGCCUUUCCAUGUCAUUAUGGAGCGCAUCUCUGGCCGCUGGGUUCACGAGCCCUCCGGCCGUGUGUACAAUACCACUUUUAACGCCCCCCAGGUCCCCGGCAAGGACGAUGUCACCGGGGAACCACUUACCCAGCGCCCGGAUGACACCGAGGCCGUCUACAAGGAGCGCUUCCGCAAGUUCCAGGAAACCAGCGAGCCCCUGCUUGAGCACUACGCCAAGAAGGGCGUCCUCUGGGAGGUCGAGGGCAUGAGCAGUGAUGACAUCAGCCCCUUGCUCUUUGACGAGUUCGAGCGGCGUUUCGUUCAUUGA